CGACCAUGGCGCGGAAAAAGGUACGGCCGCGACUGAUCGCCGAGCUGGCCCGGCGCGUGCGGGCCCUGCGCGAGCAGCGCGAUAGGCCGCGCGACUCGCAGCGCUACGCCCUGGACUACGAGACACUGACACGGCCGCUCUCCGGCCGCCGGCUGCCCCCGCGAGCCUGGACCGACGUGCGCCGCGAGAGCCGUCUUAUGCAGCUGCUCUGCCGCCUGCCUCUCUUUGGCAUCGGCCGUCUGGUCACGCGCAAGUCUUGGCUGUGGCAGCACGACGAGCCGUGCUAUUGGCGCCUCACCCGGGUCCGGCCGGAUUACACGGCGCAGAACGUGGACCACGGAAAAGCCUGGGGCGUGCUGACCUUCAAAGGCCAGACGGAGAGCGAGGCCCGGGAGAUCGAGCAUGUCAUGCAUCACGACUGGCGGCUGGUGCCCAAGCACGAGGAGGCGGCCUUCACCGCUCUCACGCCUACCAGCAAGGACCCCCCGCGCUCCGUGCCCUACCCACCCCUCCUCAGGGCCAUGAUUCUGGCCCAGCGGCAGAAAAGCGGGGACGCGAGCACAGACGAGCCCAUGCUGCGUCUGGAGGGGGUUGGCAUCAGGCCCUGGGACUACCCUGUAAAGUUGGAGACGAAGGGCAAGGCCAAGGGCACCCCAGUGUAA